AUGUCGAGCGCGCGCUUUCGUCAGCUUCUGCUACGAACACGUGCUCCGUUGUAUUUCACCAAGUUACACAAAUUUCGUAAUUGUAAUCUCAUCAAAGUAUCCUACCACUCGUCUGUAAGAGUAACCAUGGCAGCGCAGCUUCUUCCCGGCCCGUCGGGUGAGUUGAUCGUGAAAAACGCAAAGUACGUUAGCGUGCACGAAUCAGCGAUCGAGAAGCUAGCGGACCGGGUGAUCCUUGGUAUCAAGGAGAAGGAAAUCAAUGUGGAAAACUUUUCGCAACACGAGCACCAUCCCGCCGCAAAGGACCCGAAUGCGGUGAAUUGGAUAUUUCUCAUCGACACGCUUAACUUUUGCUUCUGGACGCCGGGCCACGAUGCGACCAAGUGGAAGGUGGAAGGCCAAACGGGCUACUUUGCCCUGUGUGCCGCCAUCAAUCGGGCCAUGCGCGAAGGUAUCGACAUGACCAACCCGUCCUUCUACGUGUCCAUCACGCUGGAGCAGAUGGAAAAAAUCCUACGCUCCGAUGAACCGGACACGAAGGCACCGCUGCUCGAGGAAAGAGUUCGCUGCCUGCACGAGGUCGGUCGGGUGCUGCUCGAUCGUUACGAUGGACUGUUUGAAAAUUGUGUCCGUGCGUGCAACGGUUCCGCCGUGAGGCUGCUCCAGCGUGUAGUGGACGAAUUCCCGUGUUUCCGGGAUGACGCCAUCCUAAAGCACGGUGAAAACAAUAGCAUCGAAACCCCGGUUACGUUCUACAAACGCGCACAGAUCCUGGUGGGCGACCUGUGGUCCUGUUUCCGCGGAGAAGGACUCGGAAAGUUCGACGAUAUCGAUGCCAUCACUAUGUUUGCCGACUAUCGCGUCCCGCAGGUGCUCGUACACUUCGGCACCUUAUCGUACAGCGAGCAGCUUAUGGCACUGUUGAAAGAGGACAAGCUGCUGGAGAACGGAUGUCGUGAGGAGCUGGAAAUACGGGGCGCCUCCAUCCAUAUCGUCGAGCGGCUGAAGGUGGUCACGCGGGAGAAACUUAUCGCAAACCAUCCGGACAUAAAACCGAGCUGUGUUAACGCUAUCCUUCUGGAUCACUUCCUGUGGGAUUAUCGUAGGAAACAUGCGGCGGAAUUGGAGUACAUCCCGUUCCAUAAAACCGUCAGCGUGUAUUACUGAAAACUAAUGACUGCAUGAAAAUAUUCAUCUUUUAGUUUUCGACCAUUAACACCACUAUCUAUCUCAUCAGUGUAAUUUUGUGUCGUCUCGAAAUCAAUAAAAUGUGUAACCCAUUUUAUAACA